GCUGCGACCAGCACGCAUACUACCAGAUUGCAAGCCGGACGGAUGGUCAGCGAUCAUGACAAGGCGGUAUCAGAAUGGGCCACUUCAGGACCGCAACACCUUCGUCGUGGACGGGUAGGAGGUGAUGUCGGCUGUCCGCUAUUACAAGUUGCAGUCGCAGUGGGACAGGCCGAAGGUGGUGCCGCGCUUCUUGCUGCCGCGACAGGCUCAGGUCAUGGUCAUGUACUUGGCAUACUUGCAGCCGUUUCAGGAGUAUCUUAUUGUGCAGAUGCUUGGUGGCAGCUUCAGCAACUAUGUGUGGGCCGACGAGCAGGGCCUGUGGGGGACGGAUCAACUGACGCGGGCGCUGAGGCGAGAGACGGGCAAGAGGUUUGGUGUCAAGCUACACACUAGACUACUAGAUUACCGGCACACCGCUGUUGACAUUGACCGGGUGGUGGUUGGCGAGUCGUUCAGUAAAAGCUAUCAAGACAAGAUUGGGGAGGUUGACGAAGCGAAGGUGGACGAGGAUGGAGAAGAUGUGAUGGAGCUGCAGAACGCGCGGACGACGGCCAUGGGGGUGGGCAACUACACCGUGCCGACCGACAUUGUCAGGCAUUUCAGCGUGCGCUCGAUUGAAGUGUUUCGGCCGCUCAGCACAAUGUGGCGUAGCACCGCUUCUUGGGGCUUGAGGAGGGGCGAGAGCGCAGCAAGAGACAUGAAUGAGCAACGUAGAUCCGAGCAGAAGAAAGAAGAGACAAGAGCACAGUCACAACAGAGGCAUUAAAAGGGAAGACAGAUAGCUCGUACGCCGGCAGAGAGAGGCAUGUACCAGCAGUGAAAAAGAGGUGGCAAUCCCUAAGGCGAUGCAGUAGGUGCUCAAUCAAGGGGACGUCGGCUUUCGGUCGGUGGAGCAAGAGCAGACACUGCACGCUGUGAUUGAUGGGCAGAGGCAAGAGCUUGCUUUUUAGCGCCCCGGCUUGCUUGGACAAUGCUGGGGUACCCGUGGUAGUAGUGCCGUACUGAGCGCUGAUCGAAGACUUGGUUAGCUGGACACAGAAGUGGGAUAUCGACUGCGUGGAGUGAAGCAUGGCG